AUGCCCAUGCAGCAGCAAUUUUUUUUUUUCUUUCUUUUUAGGCUUCUUGGUAUAACCAUCCUGACCUUAAUUGACAAGCUCCAUGACAAGAAAGAACCGUUCAAUUUAAAAUCUCUCAAUGUUAGUGGAAAUCCAUUCAAUGUGGAGAGAUAUGGUGUGGACACCCUUUUGAAGACGUAUCGUUGCCAGCCACGUGUCCCUUGGUUGUUGGAACUCAAAAUGAAAGCUUGCUUCCAGAUCAGCACACGAGAGAGGGAGGCAGAUGUUUAUGACUAUCUGUUUUUCUCUAUUGUUUGCUAUGAGGACCAUUGUCCUUUCCUCUCAGUCCUUGCUUUUUGUCCCCUUCCCCCCCUCUCUCUCUCUCUCUCUUCCUUCCUUCUUUUCCCACCUAAUUCCUCUCUUUUAGCAUCUUCCUUUCUACUCUCUCUCUCUCUCUCUCUCUCUCUCUCACUUUUUAAUUCCCCUUUUCCUUCGCUCUUUGUUUGCGAGCUGCUUUCUUUUCUCUAUCUCUUUUCUUUCCUUGUUCUCCCUUCUUUCUCGCAUUCUUCUCACUUUUCUUCCUCUUCCUUUUUCUCUUCUCUCUCUAAUCCUUUUUCUUUCUUCUUUUCCUCCUCACUUUGUUUAACUGGAAAUAGUCCAGUUGCAAUUUACGACAUUGUUUGUCGUCGUGCAUUUCCCCUAGAGCCUUUUUCUUCUUUUUGCGCGUUUUUUGCUUUUUCAUUUUGUCUAUUUUCUUUUUUUCCCCAUCAUCUUUCUUUUUCUUUUUUCGUUCGAUUUAUAAAUAUAACACUUCUUCUCCAUUUUCUUCUCCUUUUCUUCUUCUUCUUCCCUUCCAUCUCCUUCUUCCCCUUUUUCUUUUUCUCCUCCUCCUCCUCCUCCUCCUCCUCCUUCUUCUUCUUCUUCUUCUUCUUCUUCUUCUUCUUUUUUGUACUGCAUUCCUUAAGUGCUUCUUUCUCUCUCUCAGCCUCAAAACUAAAGGUAGAUUUAUCCUUCUCUCUCUUCUCCCCCCCUCUCUCUCUUCUCUCAAACAAACUGUAUCAUUUUACAUCCAUAUUUAUAUGGACAACUUCUCUUUCUUACUUUACUUUCUAUCAUUCUCCUUUCAAAGCUCAAACCCUCAUUUUACGCCCUUCCCUCUGUUUGUCCAAAGUCUCAACUUAUCUCUUCUCUUCUCACUCACUCACUCACUCACUCACUCUCUUUCUCUCCAUACCUAAAUAUAUUCAACUUUUACCCCUUUUCUCUCUACUCUCUUUCCUAUUCAGUUUCUCUAUCUCAUUCUCACUGUUUAAACAUAUUUAA